AUGGCCAUCGCCGCUCAUCUUACCCUAGUUACCUUCUUGGUCGUUUUCAUUAUGGUUGUAGCUCAACCGUAUCAUGUCUCUGCCACGUCAGUCUUGAGAGAUGAGAAUGCCGGCUUUCAAACAAUCCCCCAGAGGCUUCUUAAUUUACAAUUAAUCAAACGUCACGAGGGAGUUGAUGAGCUUGGACGACGAGAAUAUCACGGCUCGCUAGGAGACAGUGGGCUGACUGACCUUGUCUGCGCUCCGUCGUGCAAACAAGCGUUGGCAACAGCUCGGGAGAACAUAGAGAUGGCUUGUGCAGGCUCGCCAAAUCUCCUUCCAGACAUGACUGUUGUGUCCGUUGUUGACUCGAUCAUAAUGGGCUGGGAAGAAACCUGCCUCAAAGAUGAACAGUCGGGCGAGUAUUGCAAUCAUAUCAUUGAUACGUUAGAUGAGUACAAAUAUAUCGAAGACAUACCAGACAAAGAGCUCUGCUCAUUCUGUUAUGGGGAAAAGCUGCGUCAGAUGCAAAAGUCUGAACACUCCGCAUAUGACCGAGAAUAUGCUUCCAUGUUCGAGUUUUGUCGUAUCGACAGUCCGAUUGCCCCAAGCCAGGAAUCCCCUCCGGAUAAAAGCUCAUUCCCUAUGGCCUGCUUCAGUGGAAAGACUAUCGCCACAAAGGAAGGCGAUACCUGCGAUAGCAUUGCUCUAGCUAACUCAAUCUCAUCAGCAACACUCUACUACAUCAACCCCCGGCUACUUGACUGUCGUAGCAUUGAGAGUGGAACGGAACUCUGCCUGCCACAGGCUUGCACUACGUACACAGUCCAAGAGCAUGAGGCUGCCAAUUGCGUCGAGAUAAGUAUGGCUGGCGGCGAAGGGGGAUGGUUGGAUCUUAUUGACUGGAAUCUCAUGCUCGAUUCCCGCUGCACAAACCUUUGGAGUACAGACCCCUUUUGGGGUCACGUCGUUUGUAUCAGUCCUCCAGGUGGCAAGUUUAUCGACGAGAUGAAGUCCAGCUUCAGUGAACACCCCGGAAACGGCUACAUGGGUGGCCCGGGAGGCUUCGGUGAUGGUUACAAAUCGAACAGCCGUGCGAAACCAUUGACAGAGCUUGCAAAAGGCACUACCAGGAGUUGCGCCGAGUAUAUCGAAGCAGUGAAGGGAUUGAGUUGCGCCGAGAUGGUGGUGUCAGCUGACAGGGCUACAACUAUGGACCUGUUUCUACAAAUAAACCCGUCCCUCGGCAAUGCCAGUCAAUGCGAUGAGAACUUGAAGCCCGGACUAUCGUACUGCCUCAAGGUACACCCCAUUUGGGACGGAUUGGCAGAGAUGGAGGACAUGGAGGACGACUGGCAGGAGUUAUCUGGCAGCAACAUGGCCAAGUUCAGCUUUUUCCAGUAUCUGCGCUUGAAAGGCACCGUCGUCCUCUUCAGGACUGUGGCCUGGCUUGCUCAACGUUCUGUCUCCGGGUACACCCUCACUGAGCCAGCCGAGAGGAAGCUCAGAAGGAUCCCUGGAAGCUCCGCCAGAAGCUAUAUCAACGUAUGGGUCUAUACACCUCCCGGUAUCGACUUUGCUCGUCGCCCAGCCGUCCUUGUCAACUGGCACGGGAGCGGGUUCGUGCUUCCGGGGUUCGGUCUCGAUCAUCUGUGGUGUGCUAGAGUCGCGCAGGAAUGUGGUAUAUACGUGGUGGAUGCCGACUACAGGAAGGGCCCUGAGGAUCCAUUCCCUGCGGCCAUUGAAGACGCCGAGGCCGUCUUGAGAUGGGUAGCAUCCUCAGACCUGUUUGAUGAGAAGCGCAUCGCGGUCUCGGGAUUCAGCUCGGGCGCGAAUCUGGCCUUGGUUGCCGCUUCCGUGCUGCGAGAGAAGCUCACUAUGAUGGACAUCAAGAUCCCAGUAGCAUUCUAUCCCGUCACGAACAAGGCCGCAGAUCCGGAGCAGAAGGUUGCCCCCCAGUCCAACAAGCCCGUCCCCGCCGGCAUCUCGCGCAUCUUCAACGACUGCUAUGUACCUGAUGUUGCGGUCCGCAGCGACCCGCGGGUCUCACCCGAGUUUGCAGACCCAGAUUCCUUCCCAGAGCGCGUCACAAUCCUGACAGCUGCUGGGGAUAAUCUUGCGCCCGAGGGGAAUGCGCUCGCCUCUAAGCUGGACAACGGGCAUAGAAAGGUGGUCACUCGCAUGUUUGAUGAUGUCAAUCACGGGUUUGACAAAGGCUGUGCCAAGGGAUCUGUUGCAGAGAGGGCAAGAGAUGAGGCGUACUCUUUAGCUAUCGCUAGUUUAAAAGAGGCUCUCGUCUGA